AGUCAUGAAUGCCGGCAUCCAGAACGAAGACAGCCGCCGACCCUCGUCCGGUAGCAUGCGGAGAGACGUCGAGCGAGCCCGCCGCCGCUCCAGCAUCCGCAUGAACCUCAAUUUCAACGACCCCGCCCUUCCAGCGCCUGGAGAGAUGCAGCAGAGCCCGUCGAACCGUAGCAGGGCUCCAUGGCCGCAUAGCCCGCACCAUGAGCGCACCCCCAGCCUGGGAGAGCUGCAUCAGGAGCUGGAGUCCGAGCAGGAAGGCCAGGUGAACCGACUUCUCAGCAUGAUCCGCCAGCAGCAAGCCCAGAUCGUCACGCUGCAGACCAGCCAACAGCCCUCUUCGUCUGCUGUCGACGACAGCACCCCUACCUCUGAGCACUCCAUGUCCAUGUCCAUUCCCCACUCGCAUUCGCAGCCAAUACCCGCGCCACACGCCAUCAUUUCACCUGUGCCCACCGGCGCACAACCGCGCUCCCGCUCGCCCUUCAGUUUUGGAAGCAUCAGCCGCCAGUCCUCCUUUGCAGAUCGCUCGCGGCACGCCAGUCAGGUGGGCUCGCCAGCUCUCAGACCCACCUCGGGUCAAGCUGGGGGACAUGCAGAUCUUCAUGACCUACUACCCGGUCCCGCGACGAGCCGAGACGAGAGCGCCUUCUACCAAGCCGAGACGCAGAACUUGACGCGCGAGAACCAGAUGCUGAAGCUGAGGAUACGCGAACUGGAACGUCAACUGGCGGACGCGAACCCCACCAGCCACAUCACACAAUCUCCAGUGAUACACUCGGGACUCAAUCCCACCGUCAGCCGAGAAGGCGUAGAACAUGGCAAUGCGAGCGGCCAGCCUUCUGCGUCGGCGGAAUAGCACUUUCCUCAAAGUUGCAUUUUCGAGGCGACUCGCCAUGAUUUUACGAGGCAUGCUGUUCGAUGAGCGUCAAAUGAAGGGGAGCAUAUUGCAUCGUCCGGCGUUGGGAAUCUCAAAUGAAUGGGGAUGAGAGACACUCAGAGAAGCUGUGUCUAUUCUUCACUUUUCAGAAGCAAUCACAAAUUCAAACAACCUACGAUUUACUCUUUCCAUUUGAAACAUGACUAUAGGUAGAAAUUGACUCAAAUCACACGACCUAGUGAUUGUUGUGUCGGGUUCCGUAUGCUUCGACAGCUCCCUCAUCUGCACUCUACUCAACGACAGCUGACAGGGUCGGCAUGCUU